UCUCAAUUUUUAAAAAUAUCAAAGCCAAUCAAACUAAAUUUACUUAUUUCUUUUUAUCAAUUUGGCUUAACAGUAACAAUCAGAGGGAAACCCUUUCUCUCUCUCUCUCACAGAUACAAACACUCUGCGAAGCAAUCAAACCAAGUAGUAACAAUGGGAGAUCGAAGCAACGGUGAUGUUCUCAUGCUGGAGGCUCCACCGUCUUACGGUAGUAGGUCAACCAAUUCCGACGCCGAAAUCAUCGACGCAUUGCCUUACAUCGACGACGACUACAGCGACCCUAGGGUCAAACUCGAAGUCGACCGUCUCGUCGAAGAAGAGAUGCGCCGCAGCUCCAAGAAACCCGCUGAUUUCCUCAAAGAUUUUCCACCUCUUCCAACUUUCAAUUUUCAGGAGUAUCCAAUGAUUGGUAGAGAGUAUGAGCGUGUGAGAGCUGGUAGGCCUCCGAUUUCACUUGACAGGUCGAGAUAUGAAUUAGAACUACCACCGAUUAAUAAAAGGAACGAUGAAACUGCUUGGAAACUAGCUCUUCAAAGAGCUCAGCGACUACUUCAAUAUCAAACUAUGAGGAUGGAAAAUUUGGAUUUGUUGUUGAAAUAUGGUCCUGAUGCAUGGAAACAGCACAACCUGCGAUUGGAAGUAUACUUGUCAAGAAUGCAGAAAUUAGCUCAGGAACAAAAUGAAAAGAUUGAAAAAGUCAACCGAGAAAGGAAAUAUCAUCAGCAAAAUACUGCAUAUGAGCUUAAUGCUCUGUCCAUCCAAUGGAACGAGCUCUGUGUGAAAAAUAUAAACAUCAGAGCUGCGUGCGCUUCAGCUGAAACUCACCUUAAUGACCUGAGAAGAGAAGCAACAGAAAGAGGCUGGAACUUGGAGGCUAUCACUGAAAAUGGGCAAUAUGCCAAUUCGGCAUCAUGAGAUUUGUAUCUGCUCAUCUAGUUUUGUAUCUGUUAUUCCAACUUUAAUUGCUACUAUACCUAUUAAUUAAUAUUUAGUUUAUUAUAUCAUGAAAUUAUUAGCCA